AUGUUAAGAUUCAUCAGAACUUUAGCUACCGCUAGUAAAUAUAAUAAAACAUCUUCGUUAGAUAGAGCCACAUUGACUAUCAAAGAUGGACCAGUGUUCAAUGGAUACUCUUUUGGAGCCAAUAAAAAUGUUAGUGGAGAAGCUGUUUUCACUACUUCAUUAGUUGGGUACCCAGAAAGUAUGACAGAUCCAAGUUAUAAAGGACAAAUCUUAUGUUUUACACAACCAUUGAUUGGUAAUUAUGGUGUCCCUUCAGAUAAUGCCAGAGAUCAAUUCAAUUUAUUGAAAUAUAUGGAAAGUCCUAAAGUUCAAUGUAUUGGUAUUGUUGUUGCUGAUGUUGCUUUAGAACAUAGUCAUUGGACAGCUGUUGAAAGUUUACAACAAUGGUGUAAAAGAUCAGGUGUUGCCGCUAUUUCUGGUGUUGAUACCAGACAAUUAGUCAGUUAUUUAAGAGAUCAAGGUUCUUCAUUAGGUAAAAUCACUAUUGGUGAAGAAUAUGAUGCUGAUGAAGAUGCUGCUUUUGAAGAUCCCGAAACCGUUAAUUUAGUUCAUAAAGUUACUACCAAAGCUCCUUUCCAUGUCGCUUGUCCUCCAUCUCAUUCUAAAAACAUUCAUUUAGCUGUUUUAGAUUGUGGAGCCAAAGAAAAUAUCUUAAGAUGUCUUGUUGAAAGAGGUGCUUCAUUAACUGUUUUCCCUUAUGAUUAUCCUAUUGAUAAAGUUGCUAAUAAAUUCGAUGGAGUUUUCAUCUCUAAUGGUCCAGGUGAUCCAACUCAUUGUUCAGUUACUACUGAAAAUUUAAGAAAAACUAUGAAAAUAAAUAAAAAUUUACCAAUCUUUGGUAUUUGCUUAGGUCAUCAAUUAUUAGCUUUAGCUUCAGGUGCUAAAACCAUUAAGUUGAAAUAUGGUAAUAGAGCUCAUAAUAUUCCUUCAUUAGACUUAUUAACAGGUAAAUGUCAUAUCACUUCUCAAAAUCAUGGAUAUGCUGUUGAUAUGGAUUCCAUUAAUGAAGAUUGGGAACCUUAUUUCGUUAACUUAAAUGAUUUAUCUAAUGAAGGUAUGAUCCAUAGAACUCAACCAAUUUUCUCCGUUCAAUUCCAUCCUGAAGCUAAAGGUGGUCCUUUAGAUACUGGUUUCUUAUUUGAUAAAUUUUUCGAAAACAUCAAUAACUACAAGAAGAAUUUCGGUUUAAAUACCCCUAUUGAUAACAGUUUACUCGUUGAUAUCUUACCAAAAUCAAGAGUUUACUAG